UCCAAUUAGAAAAUAUAACCUAUUUACAUUCUAAAAGUUAAUGGUCAAUAUACAUUUUUAAUCGCAUGCUGUUGGACAGUCUCAUUUGUCACUGUUAAAUAAGUACCAAAAUAUAAUACCCGUCUGUAUUUACUUGCUAGAUAGAUGACUGUGCAGAAGGGAAAGCGGAUGACCAUCUCCAUCCAGGAGCACAUGGCAAUUAAUGUCUGCCCUGGCCCCAUUAGGCCAAUCAGGCAAAUCUCUGCCUACUUUCCCCGCCUCUCCCCUACAUCCUCUGUCAGUGAUUCGCUGUCACCAAACCAGACAGGGUGUCCGUCUACGACCCUAUUGGCUGGAGGAGGAGCAUCAGGGGGAGGGGGACUCCUGUCUCCGCUGUCUCCAGGGACAGCAGCAAGUGGAGGGACGCUGUCUAUGAUGAACAGCAUGGAAACAUCUGUGGAGAUUGACAGCUGUGACAGUGAUGAUAACACUUCUUUAGGCACUCUGGAGUUUGACCUGCUCUAUGAGUCAUCCACAAGUUCCCUGCAUUGCACCCUCCUCCGUGCCAAGGGUCUGAAGCCCAUGGAUUUCAAUGGUUUAGCUGACCCUUAUGUGAAGCUCCACUUGCUCCCUGGUGCCUGCAAGGCAAACAAGCUGAAGACUAAGAUUGUGAAGAACACCCUGAACCCUGUGUGGAAUGAGACACUUACCUACUGCGGUAUAACGGAGGAGGACAUGUACAGAAAAACACUCAGAGUGUCUGUGUGUGAUGAGGACAAGCUGACGCAUAACGAGUUCAUCGGCGAGUCUCGUGUGGCCCUGCGGCGAGUGAAGCCUGAUCAACCCAAGCACUUCAAUGUCUGCCUGGAACACCCACCUCCUCUGGCGUCUCCUACUGCCAUGACCACAGCACUGCGAGGGAUCUCCUGUUAUCUACGGGAGUGGGAGAGCGAGCAGCAGCGCAGUUUGGAAGAGCGUGGCCGCUUGCUGCUGUGUUUGCAGUUCCUGCCUCCAGCUCACACUCCUGAAGGUGGCGAUGUUCCUCCAGAAGCUAAAGAAAGAACGAAGGGCGGUUUGUGCGUCGGCGUCAAACGCUGCGCCCAUCUUGCAGCCAUGGACGUUAACGGACUGUCCGACCCCUACGUCAAAACGUACCUCAAGCCAGACGUGAAGAAGAAAUCCAAGCACAAGACAGCUGUGAUUAAAAAAACACUAAACCCUGAGUUUAACGAGGAGUUUUUCUACGAGAUUACGUUUAACGAGUUGGCGUCUAAAACGCUGGAGGUGAGCGUGUGGGAUUACGACCUGGGGAAGUCCAACGAUUUCAUCGGGGGCGUGUCUCUGGGCUGUCAAUCACAGGGCGACGCCCUGCAGCACUGGAUCGACUGCUUGAAAAACAAAGGUCAGAAGGUCGAGCGCUGGCACACGCUGACCAACGAACUUCCUGGAUCCACUUUCUAGAAGCAAAAUGACUCACCUCUUGUCUCAUUUUGCCAAUUUCGAUCCAUUUCUGAUUGGAUGCUCAUCCCUGUCAGUUAGUGACAGAGGAUUAUGGGUAACCAGCAUGCAGCGACGCCGGAACGAGUUCCAACUCUCGGCUUAGAAAGUGGAAUGAUUCCCAUUUUGACGUGGAGGAACUUGAUUGAUCUGAGUCAGCGGAGCAAUUGUUUUAAAAUCGUCUUUAUUCUAAUCCCUCCCUGAUCUUCGGGUUUUAUUUGCAGCGUGUUCCGCUCGAAGACCUUAUUCUGAUUUGCAGUGCAGUGAACCUGAAGCUUAAAACGCAUCCGUAUUUCAAUUUCAAACGCAAUAAUUUCUCUUGCAAUAACACCCUGUUUGAUGAUGCUUCCAGAAAAUUCCUUCAAAAGUGGUCUUAAAUUUAAACCAUUGCCGUGGUUGUAGUUUGUCACUUCUUUUUCAUCGAGCUGCACGUUGCUGAUUUAUAACUAACGACGAUUCACAGAAGUACUCGCUAACUGUCCGUUUACAUGUGGUGGUGUUGUUCGGCAUGCUCGACGUGUUCGUUAUUCCAUAUCUAUCUCAUGGAAUACCGCCGUUCCCGUAACAUGUUUAUGAAAACGUUUCUGAUAUCCAGAUGUUAUUUGUGCUUACUUUCCACGCUUGGUGCAUUCAGAAUGACUUCCUGCUUUCUCUCUCUCUCUGUGUUUAUUAAUAGGUGCGCUUUGUGAUUUUAGGAUCAUCCUGCCAACCUUAACUACGUUGCAGAGGGACCUCAUGAUUGGGUGGGAAUUGGUGGAAAUGACCAAACUGGGGAGAUCAAUUGAGUGGGGAAAAAUAUAUAAGUAGGUUUCCAUGUCGGUGUGAGAGGGUAAGCAAAAAUAUUAAUCCUUUUGAUUCUAGUCUUGAACCAUUCAAGACUGGACAACUGAAAUAAGCUAGAAAAAAAAAAAGUUACUGUUUCACAAAGGUCAGGUUAAAUCGAACACCCCUCUUUUUUAAUCAUUAAAAAAAAAUUAAACAUUAACUUAAAUUCUGGUGAUAAAUAAGCUAGUAAGAGUUGCAACAAGGGGCUCUUUGGCAUUUGUAAGUUAAAUAUAAAUAGCUAGCUAACCACUGAGUACAGACAUGUCUAAACAACAUCCUCUAAAUGUAUUUGCCUGAGAGUCAACUGAGGUCCAGAAGUAGGGCAUCUCUACAAGGCUCAAAAUGAAUCUAUUUAUUUAUUUAUUUAUUUAUUUAUUUUUGAGAGUUCAUGCUACGUGAUCUGGUUUAUUGUGACUACCGAACAACUCCACAGUCCGAGCAACAGUUUGAGAUCGUUCACGUUGUGAAGGAUACGAGGAUAAAAAUCACAGAGCGCCUCUUCUGUUUUCCGUGUAAUAAGGAUUCUGUAAAGAAUAUACAGUAUUUUAAAUAUGACAUAUAUUAUAAACCUCGAUUUAUUUUAUGGACUGGCUGUACAGUUUUAUUUAUCAUCUUACGGUUUCAUUUGCCUUUUAUGCGAAACAUUUACUUUUGUGAAUGGAGCAUGCUAAUGAUAAAUUAAUGUGUGUUUGUGUGUUUCAAUGCUGUUAUGAUCCUUAUGGU